AUUCAUUCGUUAGGGUUAUCCAGAUGGGGUUGGCCGGUUGGGAGUUAACGCCUUAACGGACCGGUACCGGGAAAUAUAAUCCGUGAACCAAACAACGAAAGUAAGUAACCAGUAAACAAACAAACAUGAGCCGGCUCGUUUUCACUACCAUUACCACUAAAUCCUUCUUAAAAUUGCCUCCAUCUUCAUCUUCCUUUCAUUUCAAAAUUUUCAAAUCUUCUUCCUUUAGGGUUUGCAGGAUGGCAUCCGACUCAUCAUCAUCAUCAUCAUCAUCAUCAGCAGUACCUUCUCCUUCGUCCGCCAUCGAUUUCUUGUCUCUCUGCCAUCGCCUAAAGUCAACCAAAAGAGCAGGAUGGGUGAAAAGAGACAUUAAGGGCCCUGAAUCUAUUGCAGAUCACAUGUACAGGAUGGGAUUAAUGGCUCUCAUUGCUUCUGAUACUCCUGGAGUCAACAGGGACAAGUGUAUAAAAAUGGCAAUUGUGCAUGAUAUUGCAGAAGCCAUUGUUGGUGACAUCACUCCAUCAGAUGGAAUCCCAAAGCUUGAAAAGAGUAGGAGAGAGAAAGAAGCAUUAGACCAAAUGUGCAAACUUCUUGGUGGAGGCCCACGAGCUGAAGAGAUACACGAGUUAUGGAUGGAAUAUGAAGAAAAUUCCACAAAUGAAGCUAAAGUUGUUAAGGACUUUGAUAAGAUUGAGAUGAUACUUCAAGCUCUGGAAUAUGAAAAGGAACAAGAUAAAGAUUUGGAAGAAUUUUUUCAGUCUACAGCAGGCAAGUUUCAGACUGAUCUUGGUAAAGCUUGGGCUUCAGAGAUAGCAUCAAGAAGGAAAAAACAAGACUAGAUUUUUCACAAUUCUUUUUUGUUGUUUUUUUUAAUGGAUUCAAAUUAUUAAGAUUUUGGUUUAAAAAAUGUCUUCUUUUUGAAUUGAAAUAAAUAAAAGAUACUUUGAUAGGAACCAAAAUAUUUAGACCUAGAGAAUAUUGGUAGGUUGACAUGAUUCAUUGUUAGUCGAUGUCUUAAACCAUAAAAUUUAGUAUUUAUAUUCUAGGGGUAUUUUGGUCAUUUUUAGUAAUGUACUUUAAAUCUUAUAGGCAGUGACUGAGGAGGACAACUUAUGGAAGUAAGAGUGAUUGUGGGAAGCUAGAAGUUGAUGUGAGUUGUUAGGAACAUGCAUCAACUAUCUUAUUUUGAAUCUUUAUGAUUUUACCUUAAAUGAUAUUACUUACUACUUGUUUGCUA